AUGUUUUAAUAUCUUUUUGUUGACACUUUCUAUUAUCAAUGCAAUCCGGGAUAGGAAAAAUUGACCGGGACCGAAUCCUAUACUUGGUUUCCUCACUAUGUUAUCCUUUCCGAUUGGCAGUUGUUCUCGAAUUUACAUGGUACAUGUGCUGCCGGAUCUAAGCACUUUCAUAAAAAUCUAUACAAAAAGAAAGGGCAACCCUCGUGGGUUGACCUUUCUAUAGCUUAAGUUUUAAGUUCAUAUACGAAUAUGAACUAUUUGCUUCCUUCGACUAAAAUGAAAACGACUAAAUUUGAUAUUUCUUUGUAAUUUCCAGUAAUGCCAGAUGUCACCAUAAUAAUGCUAACGUUAUGCUCUGUGAAAAUCGCCCACUCAAGCAAAUGGCCAAAUCGAACUAAACUCUCUCAAGCAGGCAGCAACCAUUGGCCAGACCCUGAAAAUGACCCAUUGAUGUAUGUCGCGAACCCAGUAGAAGCCGAUUUACCUGGACACUGGCUUCCACUGAGUGUGCUCAAAGCUGUUCUAGAGAAAGGUACUACACUUCCACCUAAGGAAGAACGUGCUGUAUUUAAAAAAACACAUACCGUAAAGCCACCACAAAACAACAAAACUCAACAGAAAAAAGAAACAGAAGAAUCUAGUGUAAACACAGAAGUAGAAACCGUAGAGGAAUCUAGUGAGGAAACCGAGGCAACACAGGAGGCAACUGGUGAAAGCUCAGAGGAGGCAAGCGAGAACAGUUCUGAAAGAGAGACGACGCAAGAAAAAACAACGCAAGAAGAGUCGGAGCAAGAGGAAAACACGAACGAAGAAUCAGAGCAUGAGCACCCAACGAAAGAGGAUUCAGAGCCACAGGAAUCAACAAAAGAGGAGUCAGAUCUAGAGGAAUCAACAAAAGAGGAAUCAAACCCAGUGGAAUCAACAAAAGAACAUUCAGACCCAGUGGAAUCAACAAAAGAACAUUCAGACCCAGUGGAAUCAACAAAAGAACAUUCAGACCAAGUGGAAUCAACAAAAGAGGAGUCAGAGCCAGAGGAAUCAACAAAAGAGGAGUCAGAGCCAGAGGAAUCACCGAAAGAAGAGUCACAUCAAGAACCAGAGAUAGAAACAACGACAUUUAAAGACUUAGAUCCAAUUAAAACUGACGUGGAAACACUUAAGGGUGCAUUAGAUGGUCCUGCGAAUAUGGCUCCAAAACGCAAGAAAAAGCCGGUGGCCAGUAGUAACAAUUGGUUAUUGUAACUUUAACUUACUCCAUGGUAGAUCGUAGUCUUAUUCUUACACAUUGUAUAAGACUUCAACGUGUGCUGAUACCAAAAGUAGUAUUAUUCUAAGCUAUUUAAUAUUUAAUGCUUAGUCGUGCUAGUAUUAUAACUUAUUAUUUGUUGAACCUACUAUAUUUUACUCGAAUAUUUCUUAAUGCCUAUUAUAUUUUUUCAGGUUUUUUUCUUAUGUGGUAAAUAAACUUAAUAGCUAAAUAAAUCUGCUAGUAGCCGUGGUACACUGUAACUAUAAGGUACCAAACAGUAGCCAGUAGGACAAUUAUUUGUGUGAUCCACUAUCGCUUGUCCUGAGUCUG